AUGGAGGACUACGCUGAAAACGCGUUCACACCGAUUCCAGCUUCGAUGGAGUAUAUAAGACAGUUGAGAACAGCGACAAUGUUUCGCGUCUAUGUGGUGUAUAUAGACGUUUUGAGUUUGGUGGCUCUCGUGCUUUCGGUUUUUACUUUUGUUCUGUGCUCGUCACUUGCUGCUGAGAAAAACCGUCUCAAAGCUACACCCCUGUGGUUAAGUCCUGUAAAAGUCCGAGAAUGGCUUGCAAAACCAGAGACAAUCCGCCAACUCAACACCAAACAAGUUUUCAGCAGAUCCAUCACUCAUCUUCUAAUUGCCAGUCUGAUCUACGGGAAUUUUCAUAACUUGUCAUACACUAUUAUAGAGACCUGGUCGCUCUACCGCUCUUUUGUCUACUCCAAUGACAUGAGCAAAAUAAUGUUCACCAGUGAGGAAUGCUUCUUCCAACACGUCAUCAAUUCGUGUGUUCGGUUUUUGUUUAUAGCAAUCGAGUUGGCGCUCAAUUUUGAUCGAGCGAUCGUUCCUGAUAGACACCAGCCGGACACUCCGCCAAGCUGUCGGCCAGCUCGACAUCGUCUUCGACAAGGAGAACAGCGAAAUUAG